AUGUCGACAUCUAGACCAGUAACUCCAGCUUCCCCUCGAUUUAUAAAGAUUAAAUCGCCGCAACCUGGAGUUCCCAAAUAUGGCUGUCAGCAUAUUCAACAACUAUUGAAUCCGGCUCAUGAUGAACGUAUGAGAAACACAAUUACAUAUUAUAAGAAUUGUUUGAGGGUGGUUCUAGAUAAUACACCAAUUGUACCUCAGACGUCUAAGACGCCCAAAGGCCCGCCCCUCACUUCUCUGACGCCAAAUUACCUCUGUUUGCAAUGCGAACGAACAGCUACGGCUCAGGAUCAUGUAAAGCAUGGCCAGGAGACUUCGCAUAGAUUCUAUGUUGAAUCAAGGACGGGAGCUUUGUUUUGCCAAAUGUGCAGUGAUUUUGUAUGGGAUCCUACACUAGAAGAGUUGAGACUGCGCAAAAUUGGGACCGGAACUUUUGGUAGUCGGAAGCGAAAACAUGACGAACUUUUUACAGACGCCACCAAAGAGGACCCAAGAUUCAUAUCCACAAACACAAUGUCAGCUCCUUGUAGAGCAAGUGGUGUUAGGGGUAUCUACAAUAUGGGAGCUACCUGUUACAUGAACGUCAUUCUCCAAUCUUUCGUUCAUAAUCCUCUGCUUCGAAAUUUUUACCUCGGAGAUGGUCACCAAGCAAGCGAAUGCGAACAAAAGAAUUGUAUGAGUUGCGCUAUGGAUGAUAUGUUCCAAGAUUUCUAUUCGCAAGAGAUUACAACAGGAUAUUCAGCUUCAAACAUACUUGCUAGCUUUUGGCUUUCGAAGAGAAAAGCAUACGAAGAAUUGGCAAGCAACAAAGAGCAAGACGCUCAUGAGUUCUUCCAGUUUCUUACUGAAGAGCUGCACGAAAUUAAUGGGGGAUCACGAGCAAGCGAUCCAGAAGAUAGUAGCCCAAAUCCUAAGCGAUCGAAAAUGGAUCAAGGCUGUAAAUGCAUUGUCCACCAGACAUUUUAUGGAAAAUUGCAAAGCACCAUCACAUGUCAGAAUUGCGGAGACGUAAACACAUCGGUCGAAUCCUUCCUAGAUCUAAGUUUAGGUCUUGAUGUUAUUCAGAAAAAGAGCAAGCUAAAGGCAGCUACUGGCACGAUAAGUCUCCAACGUUGUUUAGACGAAGAAUAUAUUCGACCUGAACGUUGUGAGUAUUCAUGUAAUCAAUGCGAUACUUCAGAGGCAAAGAAGCAACUCAGUAUCAAAAGCCUACCCAACGUAUUGUGUAUUCAACUUAAGCGCUUCAAACAAGACCCCAGAGGUCUGGCUUCAAAGAUCGAUACUACUGUUACCUUUCCUCUUCAAUUACAUAUGCUCCCUUACACCAAUCGUGCUCGUGGUGUAGACACGAAGAAUAAUUUCGAGCUGGCCAGAUCAUGUACUUAUGAUUUGCAGAGUGUUGUGGUUCAUGUUGGCAAUUUGGAAACUGGUCACUAUGUAUCCUACUCUAGAGUCGGAAACCAGUGGUUUAAGUUCAAUGACCAUAAUGUUACGUUGGCGAGUAAGAGUCAAGUGUUGAAUGAACAAGCUUUUCUGCUAUUCUACGUAAUUCAAAGUCUUGCUUGAAGAUGUGGCUGGGAGUGAGGAUGGCACAAGUAGAAUGCACAUCAUAUACAUAAUAAUAAGAACGAAAGGACCGGUCAUUAUACAAGAGAAGAUAGGGGAAGUUCAGAGAGCAGAGCGGAACGCAGGAAUGUGGUAUACACAUAAAAUACUUUGGGUUGGAGCUCGGGACAUAGGGUUUUGCAUUCAAGGCGUUAACGUUGCGGGUAUUGCUUGAUGGGAUAUGGAGCAGGAUUUGGCUGGGGGUGCAUAAUUGGUGAUUCAUGGAUGAUAGAGAUUUGGAGGGAGACGGAAAAGAGGGGAGAAAUGGGGGUUAUAAAAGGUGUUUCUUUAUUUUUCAAAGGGAAAUACUUGUUUAUAUUACUUACAUAUACCCAUUAUACAAUACAGAAAUUGUAUUUUUUUUUUAAGAGAGAAAGAAUCUGAAUGAGUUAGGAUGUGUCUGAGAGAAGAAAGGGGAGCAGUGAUAGAUGGUGAUGUGGUGUGUAGUGUUCUUGAUUGCUGUCUAUUGAUCGUUCGGCACAAUGCAUUUCGAUGUUUACUACUUUACAAAGUACUUUGAGAGGAAUGAAUGAAUUGACUUGAGCUUGGCUUGAGGUUGGAUACAAGAACGAGGUUAAGCGAUAAAGAAGGGGAUCAAAAUGUAUCAUGACUCUAUAUCCGGAGAUCUGAAUUAGACCGGGAACUGUCGUGGGCGAUGAGGUGAUAUGGGAAGUGAGUGGGAUGGGAUAGGAUAGGGUUUGUGUGAUAUAAUAUAGUAUAGUAUAAUAUGAGAUGAUGUGAUAUGAUAUGAUAUCAGUUUAUCACAUCUGCUGUCUGUUGUCUGCUGUCUGUUGUCUGCUGUCUGCGGGAUGAGAUGUGAUGAGAAGCAUAUGAUGUGAUGUGAUGUGAUGUGAUGUGAUGAGAUGAGA